ACAAUUUGAAAUAAAGAAUUUUGAAAAAAAUGUAAAUAAUUGUUGCAGAAUGUUAUUACUUUUUUGGCGAAAAAUUUAGGUUUUUUAAAAAAAUUUCUAGAAUCUCUUUCUUUGUUUGUUUGUUUGCAAGAACAAAUUUCUUCAGAAUUUUAUCAAUUUUUUUGUUGUUGUUAAUUUUAUCAUUUGAUGCGAUAAAAAGAAGAAAGAAGAAAAAAAAUGUCAUCAAAAUCCCCAUCAUCAUCUAAACAAGCUGCGCUGGAUUUUCAGCAAACUUUGAUGUAUGGCCAAUAUAAAGAAGAUUUGGGUAGAUUUGCACGAACACAUGCACAAAAAUUGAUUGAUGGAAAAUUACAAAAACGUGAACGAAAAUUUAUUCUACCAGAAAAAUAUCAACGAAAAUUAACUGCAUGCUGUAGAAUAAUAUGGAAAUAUACGUUUGCCAAGAUUGGUGAAGAUUGGCUAUUUUUAGCUAUGCUUGGCAUUAUAAUGGCCACUAUUAGUUUUAUAAUGGAUUUUUUUAUUAGUCAAUGCCAAAUAUCAAGAAUAUGGCUUUAUGAUGAAUUGCUCAAUCAAAAUCUUUUAUUUCGUUAUAUUGGUUGGACAGCUAUUCCAGUUUUUUUAGUAUUAUUUGCUGCCGGUUUUGCUCAUUUAGUUUCACCACAAGCUGUUGGUUCCGGUAUACCUGAAAUGAAAACAAUUUUACGUGGCGUUAUAUUAUAUGAAUAUCUAACAUUUCGUACAUUGAUUGCUAAAAUUGUUGGCCUUACCUGUACACUUGGCAGUGGAUUACCAUUGGGAAAAGAAGGACCUUUUGUACAUGUAGCAUCAAUUGUUGCAACAUUACUUUCGAAAUUGAUUGCAUCAUUUCAGGGUAUCUAUGAUAAUGAAUCAAGAACAGGUGAAAUGUUAGCUGCUGCAUGUGCUGUUGGUGUUGCGGCAACAUUUUAUGCACCGAUCGGUGGUGUAUUAUUUUCGGUAGAAGUAACGACAGUUUUUUUCGCUGUUCGCAAUUAUUGGCGUGGAUUUUUUGCCGCCUGUUGUAGUGCAACUGUUUGGCGUUUAUAUGGUGUUUGGUUUAAAAAAGAAGCGGCAAUUACAGCAUUGUUUAAAACAAGUUUUCGUUCAGAUUUUCCAUUCGAUCCACAAGAAUUAUUUAUUUUUGCAUUUAUCGGUGUUAUAUGUGGAUUUGGUGGUGCUGGUUAUGUAAAAUUUCAUCGUAAAAUUGUUCAAUUUAUACGUAGUCAAAAGAAAAUGAAUUCAUUUUUACAGAAAAACCGAUUUAUCUAUCCCGGUAUUGUUACAUUCUUAUUGACAACCAUAUCAUUUCCACCAUUUAUGGGCCAAUACUUAGCAUCAACACUAUCAACUCAUGAUACAUUAGAAGAUCUUUUCAGUAAUAUAACAUGGGGUCUUGAAUCAAAUGAUUCAACAAGAUUAAAAAUGGUUAAACAUUGGUCAACUGAUCAUACAUCCAUUUAUAUGAAUCUUAUUAUUUAUAUUCUUAUGACUGUAUGGAUGUCAUUAUUGGCAUCGACCGUACCGGUACCAAGUGGUACUUUUAUUCCAGUAUUUAAAAUUGGUGCCGCUUUCGGUAGAUUAGCUGGUGAAAUUAUGGCAUUAGCAUUUCCAUAUGGUAUUCCAUUCGAAGGUUUUACAACACCGAUUGUACCUGGUGGUUAUGCUGUUGUUGGUGCGGCAGCAUUUACCGGUGCCGUAACACAUACGAUCAGUACAUCGGUCAUAGUAUUCGAAUUAACCGGACAAAUGACACAUAUGAUACCAGUAUUAGUUGCCGUAUUAAUAGCAAAUGCUAUCGGUCAAACAUUAGAUUUAUCUAUAUAUGAUUCAAUUAUUCAAAUCAAACGUUUACCAUUUUUACCGCCAAUUCUUAGUACUUCAUCAUUAGCACAUAAUGUAUUUGUCGAAGAUUUUAUGAUUCGUGAUGUUACAUUUAUAUGGCGUAAUUGUACAUAUCGUGAUAUAAAAAAAGUAUUGGAUAGUCAUCGAAGUUUACAACAAUUUCCAUUAGUUGAUAAUGGUAUUAAUAUGAUACUUUUAGGUUCAAUUCAACGUGAAGAAUUAUUACGAUUAGCUCAACAACGAUUAAGUCGUGAACGUCGUUUACAAGAAGUAAGACGUCGUUAUUCAAUUCAGGAUGCUAUAUCAAGUAUAAGCAUUCCAGAUCGAUUAACAUCAACAGCAACAACUACGGCAACAACAACUGCAUCAACAUCAUUGAAUUCAUCACCUAAGGAAACAAUGAGAAAAAUGUCUCGAUUCGAAGUAAUACCCGUACAACAAUCAAGUGAAAGUCUUAAAAAUCCAUCAUCAAAACCGGCGACAAAGAUGCCAAAAUCUAUAUUGAAACAAACAGUUUCGUUUACCUAUUCACCGAACAAUACAAUUGGAGGAAUGCAGGAUUCACGUUUACGUCAAGCAUUUGAAAAUAUUUUUCUAAAAAGUCUAAAAUUACAGGAUGCGAAUCCGGAAAAAGCAUCCAAACAAAAUUCAACACCACCAGCAACAUUACAUCGUCGUGUACAAUUGCCUCGUGAAAGAGUUAUCGAUAUGUCACCAGAGGAACAACUUGCCUGGGAAGAAGAACAAUUAAAUAUGAUAGUAGAUUUUAAUCAAUGUAUUAUUGAUCCAUCACCAUUUCAAUUAGUUGAACGUACAACUAUUUAUAAAGUUCAUUCACUUUUUUCAAUGCUUGGCCUAAAUCAUGCAUAUGUAACAUCUAUUGGUCGAUUAGUUGGUGUUGUUGCACUUAAAGAUCUACGAGAAGGUAUCGAAAAAAUGAAUGCCGGUCUAAUUGUUCCACGUAAUUCAACUGAUUCAAAUUAUUUUAAUAAUCUUGAAUGUGAUUCACAUUAUGAAGAUACAUUAACAUCGGUGGCUACAAAUGAUUCCGAAAUAGUAGGAAUCAAACAGAAUGACUAAACUGGAAUUUAGUUUGAAAUGACAUAUUUUUUUCGAUGUUGUUUUGUUUUGUUUUUCUUCACUUUGUACAGAGCCCAAUACCACUUACAUAUGAUUUUAGUUAACGCGUUCGC